UUAGGAGACUAUAUAACGGUAUAUUUUAAUAACGUCUUAGUAUACUUAAACAAGAGCCGAAAGGACUAUAUAAAGAAGGACGUAGGCCUUAACCUAGACCUUAAGAAAUAUAUAUUUGUAGUAAAGGAAGUUAAGUAUCUAGGGUAUAUCGUAGAGGUAGAGGUCUAUAUCUACUUUAACCCUAAGAAGAUCAAGGCUAUCUAUAAGUAG